AUUUGACGUAACUCGCAUCGACUGUCGCAUGCAAGUGACGUAGCCUAGCGUGCACGUCGGUAGCACAUGAGGACAUCAACACCGGCCGUCAGCUUCACCUGCGAGGUAACAUGGCGAAGAAUAAGCAAAAAGGGAAAAAGCAGAAGAACGUAUUCCAAGUGGCAAACAAGCACUUGAAGCACAAGAACAAAGCGAAACCAGUCACAACAACACUCAAACACAUCAGUGCAGUGAAAAACGAGAAGGUGGAGAACCUCAAUCGGAUCUUCACAGAAGUCCAGAGGGAUGUUAAGAGCAUCUCGAAGUCUGUUGCCCCCGAACCAAAGAAACAAACACAGGUGGUCAGGGAGCCACCAAAGGAAUCUGUAAAUGUUGACAGUGCUGCUCAGCUCUUCUCUCAGCUAUGAUGGACCAAGAAAAGACGGACUGUCAUGGACUUUGAUGAAAGACGGAGUGAACCGCUUCAUGUCCAGUUUUUGAAAUGAAGUUUCGGGAGGAGCUACUGGUUCACUUCCGUGGAAAAAAAAAAUGCAUAUCAUGCCAAAAUGCAGACUGCACAUAAGUCUAAAACGAGAAGAGGUUGCACUCGUGGCAUGAUGGUAAAACCUUGUGUAUAAUUUAAGCAUCCUGUAUAUUCUGUGCAGAGAAAUGUUAUCAGUUGACAGGCCUGAGUAUUGUCAGUAAGAUAGGGUUUGUUUGUUUUUUUUAUUUUAAUUUUUAUUGACUUUUUUUUUUUUUUUGCUAUCUCUCAGGAGUGCAACUAGUGGCUAUUUUCAUUAUCAACUGAUCUGCUGAUUAUUUUCUUGAUUAAUUGAUGACUGGUUUUGUUUAUAAAAUAUCAGAAAAUAAUGAAAAAUGCUCAUUAUAAAAUUUCCCAGAGCCCGAACUGUAACAAAGGGGGGAAAAAAAAAAAACAACAAAAAACUAAACCUCACAUUUGAGCAGAUGGAAGCAGUAAAUGCUCUGCUUGAAAUGUGGUUAUAACAAUUAAUCAGUUAACAAAAUAGUUGCAAGUGAUUUUCUGCCGAUUGACGAAUCUGUUAAUUGACCGUUUUUUUUUUUCCUCUACUUUCUUCACCAAACUGUGUCGAGAUGAGUGCCUCGUUUUUCGUCAUCCUGAAUCGGAAUCUGUUCUAACCCUAGAACAUUUUCAAAAGAAUUAUGUAACCACGUGCACGUCACCUUACUGUCUUUGACUUUCAUUUAGCCAGGUUGCCCAAGUUCCUCACGCCUUUUUUCAUUUCACGCUUUUCACGUCUCACGAUUUAGCGUCAGUGAAGCUGCUGCUUGUAAUGACGAAGGUGUUUGCUUCCAAGAGCUUUUGUUACCUAUGGUUGUUACGGAAAUCAUGAAAAUUUCAUGUAGAAACGGUCAUCGCACGGAAAGUGAAUGAGAAAUUCACAGACGGUUCAGUAAGGUUUCUCAAUAAAUAGCUCAUUCUGAAAAAUAUUUUAUUU